UCUGACCAAUCAGAAUGCUCCUAAUACUGAGUUCAUGGAUGUCCACCAUUUUGUCCGACAUCGAUCACGGCAACAACACAGCUGUUAAUUCGGCUGAUUAGGGUUUCCCCUCGGCAUUAGUUUUUAAUAAAAUGGUCAAACGGUGUUGUUAUGGCACCUGCAACACUGACAGCAGAUAUAAGGACCGAGUUGAAAACGUCAUUUUUGUCCCUUUCCCGAAGCCAGCUAAGGAUAUUGGAAAAUGUUUACGUUGGAUAAAGUUAUGCGGACGACCACAUCAACAGCUGAACGUCAACAAACUAAGAAACCACGGCACAGCUAAACAUUUCUCCGUUUGCUCAAAGCACUUUGUUGAAGGCAAACCGACCCAAGACCACCCUGACCCUCUACCAGCAUCACCUUUUGAUCGUCCAUCAUCUGUAAGGCGCCCACCAAAGCUGCGAAAAGAGCCACAGCCGCCCAGGAAGAGUGCCACUGCUGAAACCAUGAGCGUCAUCAUGGAGCAUCAGGGCCCUACUCCACACACCCUGGACCCUACUCCACACACCCUGGACCCUGCUGCACUCACUCAGGGGCCUACUCCACACACCCUGGACCCUACUCCACACACCCAGGACCCUGCUGCACUCACUCAGGACCUUACUCCACACACCCAGGACGAUGAUGGAUCUGGACUGUUGGACAUGCUGGCGUUGGCUGCUGAAAAUGAUACACUAAAGAUGCAGGUGGCCUAAUUGAAAAUGAGGCACUUCUGCGUGAACGAGCAACACAAACGAACAAGGAAGAAGAACGAAGAGAAGGUUUUGGUGUGUCGUUCCUACAACAUAGCAAGGACAGUUUUGUGUAUUACACUGGAUUUACAGGCGAACAAUUUGAAGUUCUUUAUGACUUCCUAAUCCCUGUCAGGGCUCGUGUGUUACCCUUUACUGAAAUGUAGGUUCUCAGAAUAGGAUGUCAAUGGAAGAUCAGCUUCUUUUGGUUUUGAUCAAAUUAAGACAGAGUUUUGAUUUCAUGCACAUAGGCAACUUAUUUAAAAUUUCACACCAAGACGCAAGUUCUCUUUUUAACAAUUGGAUAAACUAUAUGUUUUUUAGAUGCUCCUCCAUCAACAUGUGGCCACAUCGUGAUACAAUUAUUGAAAUGAUGCCAGACAAUUUUAAAAAAGAAUUCCCAAAUACUUUACUCAUACUUGAUGCAACCGAGAUUCAAAUUCAGCGCCCCAGCUCCAUGACUCGUCAGAGUCAGUGUUACAGUGAUUACAAGUCUUGCAACACACUAAAAGGACUGGUUGGGAUAGAACCAAGGGGUGGAGUCAUCUUUGCUUCGAUGCUUUUUACAGGAGGAAUAUCAGACAAAGAUCUCACUCGUCAAAGUGGGCUUCUACAAACAUUAAAAGAUUUGAUCACAGAGGGGAAGAUUAAUGUAGGGGAUGGUCUCAUGGCUGACAAAGGGUUUAGGAUAGAGGAGGAAGUGGGGGAACUUGGGCUUCACCUGAAUAUCCCCCCCUUUGCAAGUAGCACUGGUCAGAUGACCAACGCAGAAAUUAAAGUCACAGAGAAAAUUGCUCGCCACCAUGUUCACGUAGAAAGAGCUAUAGCGCGAAUUAAAUCUUUCAAAAUUUUAAGCAACAGAAUUGGCCUUUCCUUGUUUGGAUGUGUAAACCAAAUAUGGUUUGUAUGUUGCUUUUUAACUAAUUUCUUCAACUUCUUAAUUAAAUAAAAGUGUAUACAGGGGGUGCUGUGGUCCAGUGCCUCAUGGACUUUACUUACAUGGUAAGAUAAAGGUGAACCAACAGGUGCUGGUCCAAAUGGUGUCACAACUAACUUUGUAGUGGCUGUGUUGUCUUCCACCAGAUAAGAUAUCGAGCUAGUCUUUAGUCUUUUCAAUACAUUUAUGUCUUCACUCUCAACAGUAAUUUUUCUGAAAAAAGAUAAGAACUUAAAUUACACCUUUUGUACAUAUAUUGACUUAUUGCUUAUUAACGCAAAUCUUAAAAUAUGUAAAGCUGCUACCAACUCAAUCUUUAUAUUUAUUUAUGUAUAUAUUAUCUGUGUGUUUUUGAAUGGUCCUUGGU